AUGCAUAAUAUCAAAUAUUACUAUAUUUUCGGUUUCUUCAUUGCUCUGGGAAUCGUAUGUGAACGAAAUUUGUUUGUUGUUGUGCCAGAAACAAUCAUUGAAGUUUUGGUGUUGUUAUCCAUAACUUUUACAUCGCGUAAGUUAUUUUAUUAUUGAUUCUCACCUAAUUUAGUUGGCUUUGGAUUUGUGGCUUACUUGAUGUCUGGUGACUUUGAACAUCAUUAUGUUACGUCAAAGCUGAAGAGGAUACGAGAAGAUUGGCAUUUGUUGAGUCGAGAUGUCAGCAGGGAAAUGAUGGAUCCAUUCUCUAUAAAGUUGGUUGACUCUAGUAAGUAUUUUCGUGAUGAUCGUAGCUGAUCUUAUCUACAUAGUUAGAAUUAAAUGUAUGCCGUUUCUAUAUUGUUUAUUUUAGACGAAAGCGGAGUAUAUGUGUUGGAUAACUACUUGAUACGGGUUCGACCUUAUAACUUGGAAAUUGCUAGGCUGGAAGAUGCUACGUUUACCGUAAGAAAAGUGUUGGAUCACCCUGUAAGUGACAUUAACACUUUAUUUUUAUAUGAUGUGAUCUGUAAUAUUGUUAUUUUUGUACUUUGGAUUAUUGUAAUGUGUUUUCAGUUGAGAAACCAAAAUGAUGAUUACCAGUUGAUUUUGGUGGAUGUUGAUAGUGUUUCCGGGUCUUUCAACCCAUUCAAAAUUCAGUAAGUUCACUAGUAUUGAUUUCACAAAAUGAAAACUAUUAUAGCAAUUAUGUAAAAAAUUUGACAGAACUACAUAAAUCUCACACUUUUUUGUUUUAGUCUCCAAUCCCGAACUAUAAUGCAAUUAAUUCGUGACAAAAUUGGAUCAGAAUUCCGAAUUCUAUCUACAGUUCAGAUGACUUUCUCCAUGCAAGACCGUUUUGUACAGGACUUCAGAAGUGUAAUAUCAGAGAACGAAGUGUUUGAGUACAGAACGAACGAAGAUCUAGACGUUUGUUUUGGUUGUAUGGCUGUACCCCCAAACGUGAAGCUACAAAAGUUGUGUGAAGCACCAGAUUGUACUAGUUGUUCUUGUCGUCCAACGUGGUGCCACUCUUGCUUGGCUAGAAUCUUUGCUACAGAACAAGAUCAAGAAAGACCUGAGGGUUGGAUGGCUGGAAGGGCGAGGUGCCCUACUUGUAGAUUGAACUUUUGUGUUUUGGACGUUAGACCUUUGAAGGUUAUUAGAGACGAAUAA